AUGCUUGUCAACCAUAGCCAAAAAAAUACCAUCUGCAGUGCCUUAGUGCACAAAUGGGUUGAAGAUGUUUCUCUUAUUCAGGAAAAAAACUUGAAGAACAAGUGCAACGACCUACAACUGUUUUACAAUUCGAGUUCAAAGUUUUCUACCCUGCCAGUGAGGAACACUCAGAAUAAAAAACAACACAACUGCUCAUUAAAAAAAGUGGAAGACGUUUUCAAUAGAUUUAUUGAAACCAAAAACCGUUGUUUGUUAAGUCUUUUAAAGAACUUGAAACCAAAAACAUCUUCUGCCGAACCCAGUGGUGAGGGCUUCUUUCCAUUCAACGACCUGCCAAGUGUAUGCAAAAUGACAGUGUUUUCUUUCCUUAAAGAAACAGAUAAAGGUAAUUGUUUGCAGGUUUGUCAUGAGUGGAAUGAGCUCAUCAAAUCCCAAACAUUGUGGAGGGCAAUUGAUCUAACUUUUAUGAAGAGUUCGCAUCAAAGUUCAUCAAAAUUGAAGUCAUUUUCAAAUUUUCUCGAUCGUGGAAAUCACCAAGUCACAGAUAUUGAACUUGACUUUCAAUUUAUUGUUAACAAUCCUGAAGAAAUGAAACGUUUCUUGGAGUCUGAAAAGUGUAAUUCAGUAAAAUUUAUUACAAUCACCCAGCAGCGAGUACCCGUCGAACAAACACCGGAUGCUGUUUAUAAAAAUCGUAGGGACCAAAGAAAAUCUGCAAAUUUUCUAGAAACUUUCGUUGCUAUGUUUCGAAAUCUUGAAUAUUUAUCAGUGCCAUUUGACUGGGCAAUACAUUCUGUUAAGUCAUUAAGCAAGUUGACCAAUUUAAAGUCUCUAGUAUUAAACAAAUCAUCUACAUUUCAAAACCUAGAACAAUAUGGACUCAAUUACCUUUUAAAUGCUCUGGUAUCAUUAGAGCAGCUUGAUAUCGAAGUGACGUUACCUUCAGGCUAUGGUUUUCAAAAUUUCACGUUCGAGUCAACAUCACUCAAAGUUUUAAACAUUUCCCGAUCGAAAGGCUUACAGGUUGUCGGUCUAAAAACUCCAAACCUGGUCAAGUUGAUUCUGUCAAACAAUCCGUCUUUCAUACCUCUCCUGCCCAACGACACAUCACUGCUCCCAGCUGGCGAGUGUUUACAUUCCAUCGUGAAGCAUGGGGCGCCAAAAUUGUUGAAGAUGAAUGAAGUGGAACUGAAUUACAAUUGGAGGUGCUCACUUAAGGAAGAUGUUAAUCUUUUGUUAAGUUCAUAUUGUAAUUGUGUUAAACAUCUCAAAAAACUAACAUGA